GUUUAGUAUUCAUAUAAAAAAUAUUUUGCAGAAAAGUUCAGUUCUUUCAAUUUUUAUUCUAGUUAGACGACUUUCUAAGCUCUAAUAUGUAAUUUAACGACCAACAUAAGGUCGACGAUAACAAGUGAAUGAUUUAUUUUGUUGUUUUGGUUUUCUAUGAAAGCUAAAAAAUAGUUUUUCAAAAAAUUUCCCCUCAACAAAAGAGAAGUUCCGAGUCUUUUUAAUAAAAAAAAUAUUAAAAAAGUAAAAAGAAAAAAAAUUUGCACAACUUCCUCGUGAUAGCUUAGCUUAGAUCAACAGAAUUAAACACGAAUGAGAAUUGCAAAACAGUGCCUGAUACAUUAGAAGUAGAACCAUUUCAAUGACUUUUGUGAACAGCGACGCAAUUUUUUCACAAUGUCUUCUGAAAGCCCAAACGAGACGUUUUCACUUUUAGACAAUCAAGAGUCACCUCUUUAUACAGCAAAGUUUGAUUAUCAAGCUCAAGGUGAAGAUGAGCUUGAUCUCAAAGUCGGACAAAUUGUUUGGGUUCUGUCGAAAGACGAGUCUAUAUCUGGAGAUUAUGGAUGGUGGACCGGAAAGAUUGGUGACAAAGUUGGAAUAUUUCCAGCUAAUUAUGUGACAAAUGUUGAUAUGACGAUGGUGAAUCCACAACCAGAUGAGAUCAAUUACGAUGAUUUAGAUGUCAAGGAAGUAAUAGGAGCUGGGGGAUUUGGGGAAGUUAAACGUGCUUUUCUUGGUAAUGAAAUCGUAGCUGUCAAAGAAGCUCGUCACAAUCCCGAACUUGAUUACAACGUCACACGAAAAAAUGUGUUACAAGAAGCGGAAUUGUUUUGGACAUUGCAUCAUCCGAACAUUGUUUCAUUACGUGGUAUUUGUCUUCAACCACCGAAGUUUUGUCUUGUGAUGGAGUAUGCAAUGGGUGGAUCAUUGAAUCGGAUAUUAUCUGGCAACAGACGAAUACCACCAGAUGUGCUGAUUGAUUGGGCGAUUCAGAUCGGACGAGGAAUGAAUUAUCUCCAUAAUGGAGCGCCGAUUUCUGUUAUUCAUCGUGAUCUUAAAAGCUCGAAUGUGUUAAUCAGUGAGUCAAUUGACGAUGGUGAUUUGCGUGGGAAAACAUUGAAGAUCACAGACUUUGGACUUGCACGCGAGGCUUACAAUACGACACGAAUGUCAGCGGCUGGAACAUACGCGUGGAUGCCUCCGGAAGUUAUUAAGGCUGGAACUUAUUCAAAAGCUUCCGAUGUUUGGUCUUAUGGAGUUUUAUUAUGGGAGUUGUUGACUGGUGAAAUUCCUUACAAAGGAUUUGAUUCACUUUCAGUUGCUUAUGGUGUUGCCAUCAACACUUUGACUCUUCCAAUACCAAAAACUUGCCCUGAAGCUUGGGGAAAUUUAAUGAAAUCUUGCUGGGAAAUUGAUUCGCAUAAACGACCACAAUUCAAAUCAAUCUUAAGAGAUCUCGAAGAGAUUGCAGCAUCGGGAUUUUUACAAACGCCUCACGAGUCUUUUCACAACAUGCAAGAUUGUUGGAAGAAAGAAAUUGCCGAAGUUCUUCAUGAACUGCGUUUAAAAGAAAAAGAAUUACGCUGUAAAGAAGAAGAACUUAGUCGGAUGCAGCAACAACAGAAACGUGAACAAGAAAAUCUCAUGAAACUUGCACAAGAAUUGAAGAAUCGCGAGUUGGAUGUGUUAGGACGUGAACUUAAAAUCAUUAUGAAUAAUGCACCAACGCCAUUAAAACGAAGAGGAAAGAUUGGAACAUCAAAGUUGAAGCUUUUAAAGAAAGCUCCAGGUCAGAUAUCAUUUCCAUUGGACUUUAAACAUAAAAUCACAGUUAUGCAUACGGGAAGCUUUGAUGAGACGCAUUUACAAGCAAACACUCCACCAGGUUCACCAGCAAUCAAACCUCGACUUCGAGCAAUUGCACUUCCAUCCGAUGAUGAUGCAUCGUCGACGACCACCAAAGGCAAAACUUGGGGACCAUCGUCUAUGUCACAUCAGAGGGAGAGAAGUUUUCUGCCAGCUUUAAGACCAACCGAGCGUCUCCACAAUUUAGUCAAAUCCGCACCUAAUUUAGAUAACAAAUCGCGCUCAUCAACAUCGACAUCGACUGAUAACAUUCUAGGUAACAGCGCCGAUCAUUGUGAUAGUUUAAUGACAAUCACAGCGUCUUCGAAUACGAAUAUUCAUCACUACACUAACACGAACUAUCAUUCAAUAUAUUACGAAAGAGAAAUAUCAAAAAGUGGUAGCGGUGGUGGUGGGGGGAUUGACGAAGAUGGCCAACGACGUAAAAUGAGCUCAGCAUCGAUAACAUCACAUGAGCAGUCAAUUGAAAGUCAUGAUUAUGAUUCUGAUAAUUCAGAGCGUAAUGUGUCUGUCGGUUGCUUCUCAUUUGUUGGUAACAGUUCAUCGAAUGAGAGCAAGAAGAAGUACAAGAAACUCCCCAAAGCGAACUCACCUGAUCUCGAAAAUCGCCAAUUGUUGCCAUCGAUUGAUAAGAAAUCGAAAGGCUCAGGCUUGAGAAAAAGUAGCACAGAUCCAAAGAAAAAGAUUCAAUUUGAAGAGUUCACAACGCCAAAGGCGAAGUUCAAUGUGGAUUUAAUGUUUUAUAAAAGAUUUGAGCAAAGUCUCGAUGCUGUUGGAUCGUAUGAGCUUGAUGAAGAAGAUAACAUUUACAUUAGAGCAAAAAAGACUAAAAACAAAACAAAAUUAUCGACGAGACUUCAGAAGAGUCUCGACGCGAUCGAUUCGUAUGAGAUUGAAGAAGAUGAAACGCCUGAAAAGAUUUAUUCAAAAUCAAUUGAUGAUUUAUCAACAGGCGGUGAUUUUCAAUUUCAUCGUGGUGGUUCACAGUUCACUUGGGAAUGUUUCUUAAAGAACGGUGGUCAUGGUGAUUCUGACGAGUGGUCGCGAGAUGAUAUUGGUUCGAGUUUGCAGCUUUGUGGUUUUCAACCGUUGGGUGAUCGUGAGAGAAAGCGGAUGGGUGUUGUUGAAAUGGUUCUUUACAAUAUGGCUUCGUUUCUCGCAAGUUUUGCAAUGGGCUUCGAUGUUCGUGUAACAAAUCUUCAACCACAUCCAAUUCAUCCACGACUUCAAAAUAUGACACAAAUUCAAGAAGGUGACUUUGAUAGUCCAAGAUUGCAUAACAGUCCGAUUUACAAAGGCAUCUACAUGCAUGAGAAAGAUGUUUUGAAUGUUGGAAAUCCACAUUUGAAUCGACUUUAUGGACUUGAAACUUAUCACGGACCGACAAAACAAAAAAUCAGGUCAUCAUUGAAUCAACUUUCAGCAUUUCAACAAGCACGCACACCCCAUUACUUGCAAUCAACAACACUGACGACAACAAGUGGACUCGGUUCCAAUUACACUUCCUACACAACAGAUCCAAUCGAUUCAUCUUUAAGUAGUUUAAUGAGUGAUAAUAGAAAAGCAAAAUUCACCCCUGGAACCUCAUCGUCAUUCCUUGAAAGUGACCUACCAACAACAACUGACGAAUAUUUGUUCAUUCCUGAAGGUGAAAAUCAACCGAGAUUCAUAUCGCCACAAAAAAUGAAUCAACAUUAUGAAACAACAGGAUAUGGUGAUAUUUACAUUCCAUCACAACAACAUUCCAAUUUAAAUCCAUUUGCUCAAACAUCGACGACAGCAUUUGGAAAUUCAGGUUCACAAAGCUUUAUAGAAUUUUCUCAAUACGAUGUUGAUUAUUAUGGACAUCCAAAUUAUGUGGAACAACCGCCACAACCUCCACCGAAAACACCAAUCAGAACACCAGUCAUGGGCACAAGAACGAUUGUUCAUCGUCGUACACUUUCAAAUGCUUCAUCGCAAUAUAGUAGUCGAGGUGGUCAAGUUGAUUAUGGUGAAGUCAUAAAUCCUUUGGAAGUUGAUUAUCGUUUUAAUAACUUCAACAUUUCGGGUGCCAUUGAACAGCCAUUACAAUUUCAUUCAGUGCCAUAUAGUGUUAAUCAUCCUGACAAUACAAACACACAUCAGAUUCCGAAUAGAAUGCGAUUGUACGAGAAUGUCAGCAACUUCCAACAUCAUCGCGAUCCAUCAUCACAAGCUCAAAUUCCGUUGAAAACCUCAAGUAUUGAUCAUACAUCAAAUCAUGAUUACAUUAAGACAACUUCCAUCACAAAUUCAUUACGUCGUGAGAUGUUCUUUAAUCCUGAAGUGAAUAUUGAAGCAACACAAAAUAAUGUCACACAGUGUACAAGAAAUGGUGAUGAGAGUCAUCCAUCUAAUGAUAAUAUAAUCACGAAUAUGUCGUCAUCAAAGAUUACUGGAAGCACAGGAUGUACACCCACGCAUUCAACACCACAAGAUAGCUUCAGUGAUGAUAGUUCUUAUCUUAGUGCACUCUCGUCACAAAAUCGUGUUCGAUUUAGUCCGGAAAAUUUUCUUACCGAUAACAAUGCCUUCAGUCCAACGAGUCGAAUGGCUGUAGCGAAUCUUCAACGUGCAAUGAUUCGUCGUACGAUGGAGUUGGAAGAAGGUGAAAAGUCAUAAAUAAGUAUUCUGUGUAUCCAUUAAAUGGAUAAAAUCGUCGAAUGUAAAUAACUUUUUCUUUCUUCAUCUUUUCGUAAUUAAAUUAAGAAGAAAACAAAAAUUAAUUAGGUGCUAUCGUUCAUUGACAUUAAAAGAAAAAUAUGUAAUAACGCACUCCAUUAGCCAAAACAAAACAAAAAACAAAAGAUGGGAAAUAAUAAUUCGUGUUGAAUUUAAAAACAUUUGAGAUUGACUUAAAAUUUUGAUAAAAGCGUGAUGUUUUUUUUAUGUUCGUGCAGAUAUUUUUUAAGAUAUUUAAGAAUUGAUAUGAUGAUGACGAUGAAAUGAAUGUUUAGAUAUCUGGCGAAGUAGAAAUUUAUUUGUCGAAAUUGUACCUGCAUUAAAGCAAUGUUAAGAGUUAUCAAAAAGUUUUUUGAUAUUUUCCAAGCGUGAAUAAUUUCAUGUCAUUAUUGGAAAAUAUCAAAAAGAAAAUAAAUUUUUCAUUUGAGUCAGAAAGCUUACGAAUCUCUGGUCAGAAGCUUGUAAAUUUAUACGCCUAAAUAAUUAAUAUUUUUAAGCUUUUUUCUUGGCCUUUUCGUUGUGAAAAUAAUUAUUCUGCUUUUAUCUCUAACCUCUAACUUUCACCGAAAUUUCAUUUGAUGUUAACAAAGUUUUCGACUCAUAAUCGAUCAUAUUUUCAUAAAUUUAUUAGUAAAGUAAAAGGUUGGGCGAAAUAGACACUGUGCGUCCAUUUUUGAGUGACCACAAAACCUGAUUGAAAGUUUAAUAUUCAAACAUUCGGAAAAUUUACAUUAUCUUAAUCAAAAUUCACUGAAAAUGAACUUCAUAAGACUUCAUUGUAUAUUAAACAGUUUAAGUAAAUAUUUCUUCAAGUUUCAAACUUAUAAUGGAAAUUACUAAAGUAUUGUGAAAAGUUUGGAUUUACACAUUCGUUGUUGCUUCGAUUGGAAUUUUUGAAAUGAAUUAAGUAUGACUGAAAAUUCCAAAAGCGUGAUGCUAAUGAGAAGUUAACGUUCGCUCAACAUUCUUCGUUCCCCUGAUUGAUGAGAUUGUCAUUCUAGUCUAAGUAAAAUCUAAUUUUCUGAACUAAAUGGGAAGUUACAUUUGAAACAUUGAAUUUUAUUUUGAUAAAAUAUUUGAGAAAGUUUU